AUGCCAUCUGCGUGCUGUCGAUGCGGCUCCAAAGGAUUUAUCAAGCGCCCCAAAACGAAUGAUGUAAUGUGCAAGGCCUGUUUCUCCUGGUGUUUUGAAGAAGAAAUUCACUGGACUAUUGUCACUUCGAAUCUCAUACAACCAGGGGAUCGGAUAGCAAUCGGUGCUUCCGGCGGUAAAGACUCGACGGUGCUUGCGCAUGUGCUCAAAGUAUUAAACGAGCGCUAUAACUACGGUGCCGAAUUGCUUCUAUUGUCUAUUGACGAAGGCAUCGCCGGAUAUCGCGAUGAUUCUUUAGAGACGGUGAAACGAAACAAACUCCAGUACAGUCUACCGUUAACGAUUUUGUCUUAUCAGGCAAGUUUCUCUCUAAAAAGUCGUAUAACCGUUAUUCCUUUUACCCAGGAUCUAUUUGGUUGGUCUAUGGAUGCGAUAGUGAAAAAGAUUGGCCAGAAGCGUAAUUGUACAUUCUGCGGAAUAUUUCGUCGACAGGCUUUGGAUCGUGGUGCAGUAUUGCUUGGUGCAAAUAAAAUUUGUACUGGACAUAAUGCUGACGAUGUGGCUGAAACUGUGCUGAUGAACAGUGAGUUCAAACCGUCUAAACCCCAUUUAUCCUGUUUUCUACAGUGUGUUUAG